AACAUUUUGGUAACAAAAACAAGAUCAUGGCUACAUCAACAGUACAAAUACCACAGAACCUAUCUACCUUGCAGCAAGUGGAGUUAGAUAUGAUGGCAGAUAUGUAUAGUCGUAUGACUGAAUCGUGCAGAAAAAAAUGUGUCAAACCUGAACAUAAGUCAGGUGAAUUGAACAAAGGCGAAAGUGUAUGUUUGGAUCGAUGUAUUGUCAAAUAUUUCCAAAUGCACGAGAAUGUCGGUAAAAGUCUAAGACUUGAUUUUAAUGCUAAAUAGUUGUAUUAUAUAUACUGUUUUAGUGAUGCUGUCUUCAAUUAAUAAAAAUGUAUUAACAUUUAUGUAAGAUCAUAUUAAUUGUAAGAUAAAUUGAAUGUUUGAGCUAGUU